AUGGUUGUCAAAACGCAUAAUGGUCAAUUUGUUCGUCUUGAUACGCCAGGUAUUAUUAUUCAUUUAACAUCUACAUAUGGAUGUACAAGAUCACUCGAAUCAUUAGUAUCACCGAAACAUGAAUUUACAUUUAUCUCAAAUGACUAUAUUAAUAACUAUCGUACCGAAUUAUUUCGUACGAACGAUGAAAUAAACAAUUUUGCUAGAUUUCUUGGACAACUCAAUAUUACCGAAUUUCUUCAAGUUAACAUAAGUGAUACACAUUUUAUCAAUGUUUCUCAACUUCAAAGUACUCAAUGGGCUUAUUUAAUUCCAGAAUUAAAUGAAAUGAUUCGUCAACCAUUCAUAGUAGAAGAUUGCUGUUGUAAUGAAUUUAACACACUUGUAGCACCAUCCAACAAUACUCCUGCUGAUAUUAAUUUGUGCACAAAAUUAUUGAUCUAUUUGGAUCGCUAUCAUGCAGCGUUUUCCAGAUACUACACGGCAUCAGUAAUUUCUCUUGAUCAAUUAAAAUCUGGACGAAGACGAUCGGAAAAAAGUAUUCCAUCAACAUUUUGUUUAGCUUUGAGAUAA